GGGCCCGCUCUACCGAGAAGAGAUCGCGAAAACGAUUGGCCAAGGUAUUGUCGGUUGAUGUUGAUGUUUUUCAAACCUUGGCGAAAUGCUGUAGAUCUUCGAGAGCAACAUGAAUCGUGGCCAGAUGCUUUUGCUGCAUUCAAUGCAAGAUGUUCAGAUGAGGUGAAGAGAAUGAUGGAUAAUAUGCAAAUCUUACACGAGUGCAGAGACAGUCGCGAUGAU